CAAAAUAAAUCUCUCUUUCUCAACUCUAGUUGUCCUACAUAAAGAAUGAGUUAGCUCCACGCCAGUUCUCAUGACCAAACAAAUUAGGAAGCAGAUAAAAACAAUUAAAAAGGUGAUAGAAAGAAGAACAUGCAAAGAACAUGGCAUCUCCAUGUCGUAAGCUUCAUAGGCUUUCUUUCUCUCGUUAGACUAUUCUUUCCUCUCCUGAAAUGGUUCAUCACGAGAUUCCUACUCACAAACCCUAAGCGGCUCAAACGUUAUGGCUCGUGGGCUAUGGUCACUGGAGCCACAGAUGGAAUCGGACGAGCCUUUGCUCACGAGCUAGCAAAACACGACCUUAACCUCAUCCUAGUCAGCAGAAACCCUUCGAAGCUCGCUUCCGUCUCCGAUGAUUUCCGACAAGAGUUUCCACAAAUUAAGAUCAAGAUCAUUCCUUUUGACUGCUCUGAAGGAGGAUAUGGAGCCAUCGAGGAGGGAAUCAAAGGCGUUGAAGUUGGAAUUCUUAUCAACAACGUGGGGAUAACUUAUCCACGAGCCAUGUUCUUCCACGAGGUUGACCAACUUACAUGGACUAAAAUCCUUAGGGUUAAUCUUGAAGCCACCACUUGGGUCACAAGAUCACUCAUCGGACCAAUGCUUCACCGCCGUCGAGGAGCCAUCGUCAAUAUUAGCUCCGGUGCUGCCGUUGUUGUCCCUUCACAUCCUCUCUACGCCAUCUACGCCGCCACCAAAGCUUAUGUUGAUAAACUAUCAAGAUCUCUACAUGUGGAAUAUAAGCAGUUUGGUAUCCACGUCCAGUGCCAGGUGCCGUUAUACGUGGCAACGAGGAUGGUGUCAGUAGUAGCAGCAGUUGAUAAACCAAGCUUCUUUAUACCGUCGCCGGAAGUCUACGCGAAAGCGGCGGUGGAGCAGAUCGGAAUUGGAUCACGAUGCUCCCCAUUUUGGGCUCAUUCCCUUCAAUGGUUUCUCGCAGGACUUCUGCCGGAGAACCUUCUUGAUAUUUGGCGUCUCUCUAUCGGCCUUCGUAGAAGAAGUAUGUCUUAAUUCGCUCGCUCAAUCAUGUUUUUAAAGUAUUUUAGCUAUAUAUUUUCCGGUUACUUUUUUUUACUAUAACGUUUUUCUCUUACUUCCUAGUCUCUACAGUAACUAAGCAUCAAUGUACUAUCAACCAAAAUAAAGUAACUCCAAAAUGAACAUUAUGUAAAUUUAUUAAGACUUGAGAGCGUGCUUUAAAUUUUUUCGUUAA